GAAGUGUGUGAAGCGAGCGGCUCCGGGACACGGACGGCGGGAUAAACUCACAAACUCGUCUCUUUCUAAAGCGAAAUGGCGGCGCGCACCCCCCGCAAGAGGAAACUCAGCUGUGUCAGCUCGGACGGGCGUCAGGCUUUCUAUGGAACCCCAGUGAAGAAGCUGAUUGUGGAGAACAGCAACUGCCCAUCGCCCCUUACAACCCGGAACUCCAGUCAGCGAAAUAUAAAGAAGAGCCCCCCUGUCGCAAGCUACACAGACAUGGAUGACCUUACAGAGAAGGAGAAUGUAGGUGCUUCUCCACUGAAGUCCAGCACUGCACGGAAGCUUGUGGUCUCACCCACCCAGACAGCGGCUGUGCCCAGAGCAGUGUAUGGAAACCCUCCGCUUGUCACUUCACCCCGGCCUGCGUCCCCAUUUAAGGCUUCCGUCUCAACUCGGUCCUUUUAUAAACGGGACAAGUUCUACGUCACCCCUCUGGACCGGAAACUGAUCAAUCAAAGUAAAUCCUCGAGCAGCAGUGAAAGCUCCAUGUCCUCUCCUACCAGUCCAGUGAGUAGCGGCACCUCCAGGGUUAAACCAAAUAAGCCUCAGCCUGGCAAGCGCAAGUCUGGCACUAAAAGCAAGAAAACCCCUCCGGGCAGUGGAAAGAAGACCACUCAUAAGCCCACCCCAUCUCCCCGCAGUGCAAUGAACGCUCUGCCCAACGUGUCUGCCCGUAAACCGGCCCCAUCUCCCCGCAAUGACCAACCCACCCCAUCUCCCCAAAGUGAUAAGCCCACCAGUAAAAAGGGGACAGAGAUAAAUGCCCUUCCUUCUAAGCCCACCCCAGAACCAGAGGAAACUACGAGCGUUCUCAGCAUGAAGACCACCUUUCUUGGGCUUAAGAUGAAGCCAAGACCAAAACUCACAGUCGGAGCAGCGUUUUUUGCUACAGGCAAGAGACCCCACUCUGCUCCCAAGAGGCCGUCCCCAAAUAUUAAAUUCCCCCCAUCAGCAAAGCCGGUGAAGCAGAGCCCUGUGCCUGUCACUAAAGCUUUGCCGCCACACAGUGCGUUUAAAGGGGUAUUUUGUGUGGCUGAAGGGCAGAAGCAGGGGCAAGAAGAGCAGAGGAAGACAUGCAACUUACACUCUGAAUUGAAGGGAGGAAAGGAGCCUGAAAGCAGCAAGAAAGUUACACUAGAGAAGGAUCAUGUUGGCCAGGAGAGACUACCUACCUCUCCAGAGCAAUCAGGCACUGGCAUGCAGCAAGUGGCACCAGACUCUCCUGUGAUGGGCGUGGGUGAGGACAGUCCUGUACCAAAGCCGUCUGAUAAGAAAGGUCCAACUGUGUUUCCAAUCUUCUGUACCCCCGUGGCCAAUAAGAGACCUUUGGAGCUGAGAGAUCUGGCCUCCCCGGUGUUCUCCAGCACCCCGACUAAUGCCCCUGCUGCCCUCCGGUUCCCCAAACAAGGCAAGAAAAAGAGAGAAGGAAAGAAGGUAGCCGAGGACCAGCUCGUCAUUGAUGCAGGGCAGAGGCACUUUGGGGCAGUGGCAUGCACCACGUGUGGGAUGGUCUAUGCUGCAGCCAAUAUGGAGGAUGAAGCUCAGCACGUUCAGUAUCACCAGAGGCUUCUAGAAGGAAUACGAUAUGUGGGCUGGAAGAAAGAGCGAGUUAUUACAGAGUUCUGGGAUGGAAAAAUCAUAAUGGUUUCACCAGAUGACCCUAAAUACGCCCUGAAAAAGGCGGAGGAAGUUCGGGAGCUGGUGGAUUCUGAGCUGGGAUUUCAGCAGGUUUCCUUGAGGUGCCCAAGCCAGACCAGAACCUACAUGUUUGUAUCGAACGAGAAGAAGAUCGUUGGCUGUUUGAUUGCAGAGCCAAUCAGAGAGGCCUAUCGAGUGCUCGCAGAGCCCCCAUCUCUACACUCGCUACAUGGGGAACCUCUAGAGCGUCAUCGAGCUUGGAGGUGCUCCACUGAGCCGGAGCCUGCUAUAUGUGGCAUCAGCAGAAUUUGGGUCUUUGCCCUCAUGCGCAGAAAGGCCAUCGCUAGCCGCAUGGUGGAUGCCGUCAGAAGUUCCUUUAUGUAUGGCUCAGUCCUCACCACAGAAGAAAUCGCCUUCUCCGACCCGACUCCUGACGGCAAACUGUUUGCCAGCACCUACUGCAAGGUUCCAGAUUUCCUGGUGUAUAAUUUUGUCAGUUAGAAGUGUGCGCUGUUCCAUUGCACUUUCACUGUUUCACCAACCCCAGCGCCUUUGCUGCUGUCGCUAGCGUUUAAUAUGGUACUUGAGCAACUGCCGCCUAGUUCCGGCAAUAAAUGCAAGUUUUUGGUUUUAAUCGAUGGCAGUGGGUGCAUUUCUAAAUAUGUUUAACAAAAUAUGCUAAAAGAAAAGCCCCGGCAUUGCCAUUGUAAAUAACCCAUAAGGGUGAAAAUGUUUUAUUAGGGUUUCAUAUUGAAUGUAGCUUCCAUGCUGCGGAUGCCUGCUGAUUUUGAAGUAGCUUUGGUGCUCGAACUCCACCAAAGAGCUUGUAGGCAGCCAGAUUGGUGUUGCCCAUGAAAGCAGCAGGGAUCCGGUGGAAUGUAGAGCAGCCAUUGUUCUGUAUGUCUGAAUCAAGCUGCUUCAUGUUGGGGUUUCUAUGUUUAUGUGCAAAUCUGUAUGUUCUGUAAAUACUUUAUUGUUAUCAGUCUGUUCAUGUUCUAUUUGUUGUACCUGUUUUUCAUGAUUUACAUUGUGCCAUUUGCUACAGACACUAGUUGUUAGUGUGUAACAGCAGUGGCUUCCACCAGUCUGGUCUCUUUUUUAGGCAAGUUCUUUUAUCCAGCAGUUAUUUUAAAUAUGUGAGAGAAUCCUGUGCAAAUCCAGUUUCAGCCGCUGUUUGGGUCAGAGACAAACUCAUUCGAGGAGAUUAGUCGGCCAGCGGCAAAUCUCUUCUUCUUCGGGUCCACUAAUCUCCCCGAACUACCUCCCGCUGGCUAGAAUGUAAAUCGCCGGCAGGAUGAAAAUCGGUGCGCUUUUGUUUUCCGAAGUUGCCUCAUGAGGAGACUUCGGAAAACUAAACUCACAGAGUGCCAUCCCGCUGGCGGGAUAUUAGUCGCCCCAAAGGAGAUUUUUCACCAGAUGACUUCUCCCUGAAUCGGAGCGUGUGUCUCUGCCCUAAGACUGUGUACCAGCUACUUCCAUGUUCCAUGAUUUGUUUUGCAUAUGUAAAUGGUGUCAUUGCACAGGUAAGUGGCUGUGGCCUAAAGAAAGCUACUGUUCUGCGCCUUUGGGCUGGAGCUGAUUGGACGUCCCUCUUCAUGGAACAAUUGUGCCAGGGAAUAAAAGCAAAGUGAUUUGACACCUUCUCUCACUGUUCUGUAUUAUCUGACAAAUGUUUCACAUUAAAUAUUUAAAGCAA